AAGAUCGUCGGUAAACAUACAAGAUGGCGGCAAGCUCAUCUUCAGAAGAAUCGCUCGCCUCGCUCUGUAGGGAAGCGGAGCAAUUGAAAGUGAAGAUAGAUGAAGAGAAGCAGAAGGUUAACGAUCUUCAACUAAAAGAUGUUGCUCAGAGAGUGGACAACCUUCUCCACUCACCUCUCAAAGUUCGCAGAAUUCUGAAGGGUCAUCAAGGGAAGGUGCUCUGUUUAGAUUGGGCACAGGACAGACGUCACCUUGUCAGCAGCUCACAGGAUGGAAAAGUGAUCGUCUGGGAUGGAUUUACAACUCACAAGGAACAUGCUAUUUCCAUGCCAACAACAUGGGUCAUGGCUUGUGCUUAUUCACCGACAGGAACCAUGGUUGCUUGUGGGGGACUUGACAACAAGUGUUCUCUGUUUAAAUUGAGCUUUGAUGAUGAUGCUGCCACUAAGAAACAAACUGUUGCUAUGCACACCAGCUACAUGGCUUGCUGUACAUUCACAAACUCAGAUCAACAGAUAUUGACUGGCAGUGGAGACACAACCUGUGCCUUAUGGGAUGUUGAGUCAGGACAGCUGUUGCAAAGUUUUCAUGGUCAUUCGUCCGAUGUGAUGAGCAUUGAUCUUGCACCUUCAGAGGGAAGGAAUAUAUUUGUUUCUGGUGGAUGUGAUAAAACUGCUCUUGUUUGGGACAUAAGGACUGGACGUUCUGUGAACUCAUUUCAAACACAUGAAUCUGACAUCAAUGGAGUAAGGUUUUACCCCAGUGGUGAAGCAUUUGGCACUGCUUCAGAUGAUGCAACAUGUCGUUUGUAUGAUUUAAGGGCAGAUCAUGAGUUAGCAGUGUUUUCUAAAGAACACAUUAUUUUUGGAGCAGCUGCUUUAGAUUUCUCAUUAAGUGGCAGAUUAUUGUUCACUGGGUAUCAUGAUUACACCAUGAAUGUCUGGGAUACUCUCAAGGCUGAGCAGCUGUCAGUGUAUUAUGCCCAUGACAACCGCAUCACAUGUCUAGAAGUAUCCCCAGAUGGGACAGCAGUUGGCACAGGAAGUUGGGACAACACUCUGAGAAUUUGGGCUUGAAUAAACCAGUGUUAUAUGAUUGUGCAGCCAUCCUUCAUCCAUCAUAAUAAGAGUUCACAGAUUUUGUUCAUGGUUUGAUGUAUAUUGCUGUUACUGAGCUGUUUGGCUUGUGAACCUCAGAAACUUCUAACCUGAUUUUAGCUUCGAGUAUCUACAUUACAGGUUUUGCAUAAAAAACAUUGUUAGUAUUAAUAUUUUAAGUGAAUCACUUUUUGUGCUUGUUACAAAAAUGCCAACUCAUUAAAAAAAGGAAGGUAUAAGGGUGUAGCAAAGCUGCAUCCAAGAUCACUAUGGCUGCAGACUGCAGGGAGAUUCAGGGGCAUGUGCAAGCAGAAGAAUUUUAUCACUGAAAAGCUGCUCACUUAUGUUCCUCAGCUUCCUUUACUUUGUCUGAAUACAAAUUUUAAGAUGUAUCAUGAGAAUUAUUUAAUGGAUUUUUAGGGUAAAAAUUUUCAUUUAGUAAUAUAUUUAAAAAAUUGAAAUAUGAUUUUAAGGUUAAUUUGAAGCAAAUUAUCAAGAUUUGAUUAACUAGAAUUUUCUAACUAAAUGAAAUGUAAAUAAGAGAAUGGUAAGGAACAAUUUUUGUCCAUAUACUCAAGAGAGAGUUUGUGUGAUGUGCACAAUUUGAC